AAUCAGCGUGUUCGGUAAACAAGAGUCGGAAAUCCUGUCGGCCGAGCGGGUGUGAUGAUGUUUGAGCUGACAGUGACACACCCGUUUGAGCUGACAGUGACACACCCGUUUUACUCCCGGUAACUUGUGAGGUUGGAAGAUUAAGGUCUAAGAUCAUCAGUACAGUACUGUAUACAAGCAAAUAUGAGUGCAGCUAUAGAAAUACGAGCUGCAGGACUUAUCAUCUUCCGUCGGGUGUCAACAGAUUUAGAAUAUCUUUUACUAAAAGCAUCAAAAAAAGAAGGCCAUUGGACACCACCCAAAGGUCAUGUUGAUCCUGGAGAAACAGACAAGGAAGCUGCCAUCAGAGAAACUGAAGAAGAGGCUGGAUUAUGUUCCAAUGGUUAUACUGUGAUAGACUCCUACCAAAAGGUCUUGAAGACCCAUUUUUACUUUCAGUAUACUGUGAAAAAUAAGCAAAAAGAGGUUGUGUACUGGCCAGCAGAACUGAAAGAUCCCUCCUCUGCAGUGAAGAUUUCUGAUGAGCAUGUGGAAUUUCGUUGGGCACCACUGACUGAAGCUUGUUCCCUUGUUGGUUUCACUGAUUUAGUAGCAGCACUCAAAGAAUGCGAAGAAUUCCUCAGGAAGUAUUUUAAAAAUUAGCAAUGUACUGUAUGCAAAAUAGUCCAAUUUUAAAAUAUUAAUAUUUAACAAAUUCAUAAAAUGGAUGUACAGUACUGUAGGUGUAAAAUAGGCUUUUAUAGGUUAAUUAUCCAGUAUAAUUUUGUAUGGGAUAUGGGUUAGUUACUAAGCAUAUACCCCAAUUAGUAAGAAAAAGAGAGGAUGUGAGAUAUGAAUAACAGAAUUGCAAUCUUUAUCUGAGUGACAAUGAUAAUGAUGGAAGAUUUAAAUGUGAGGAUAAGUGAGACUGGUAUCUCACUGCUUAAGAAUGUCGUUCCGCAGAAAAAAAUGCAGGGGGGAGCAAUGUUAUCCUGAAUUCGACGUGUGAAGCGUGAAGACAUCAUUGACAAUUUCGGAAGAGAUCCCCGACUGCUCCAAUUCCUGUUCCAAGAGUAGUAACCUGCUCUAACUGAAUGAACUGUUGAGAAAUGUUUAUGUUAUUUUAUUCAUUUUGUAUUUUCCAUGUAAUUUUUUCAAAUUUUUUAUUUUCCAGGGGGGGGGGGGGCAAAUGCCCCCCCUUGCCCCUCCCUGCGGACGCCCAUGAGCACAACUCUGGCUUUUGACAAUAUUGACAGACUUGAAGAGAGACUUUCUGGAAGUGGAACCUCACACACAGUGAACGGAAUCAUAGUUCAGCCACAAGUACAGGGACCACAGCAAGUAGUACCUAGUGCACAAAUCAACAGAUUUGUGCAGAGAAGCAUUGAUCAAGAUGAGGAUUGGCAUAUUCCUGUUUACAAUGCUGGUGAGAAAGUUGGCCCUGCAAGGAGACCAAAGAAAAUUCAAGAAGUAGAUUAUGUUGCUUUUCGAAAGGAAGCAUGGAAAAGGGACAUGCUAUGGUUGCUGUGUCGAGGAAGCAUAGAAAAAGGACAUGUUAUGGUUGCUGUGUUGAUUACAUGACAAUGAAAGUAGCAAUACAAUAUUGCUGGGUAAACAAAAUUUAACAUAAGAGUCCACAGCAUCAAUCAGAUCUCUGAGAAUUCCCUAGGAUAUUUGCCGUGAAUAAAUACACCAGCAACAAAUGUGUCGACAAUCAAUGAAGUGCUGCGGCAAUCCCUACAAAUAAAAGAGCAGCUGCUCUUGAUGGGAUAGUGUGCGUAUUUGACCAGGCUAUCAAUGCGAAAGCAGCAGAAAUUAAGUGAAGAACUUGGAUAAGUAUGGAAGUAUUGUCCUUCGGAUGGGUGCUUUCCAUACUACUUGCAAUGUUCUGGCUAUAAUUGGCAAGAGAUUCCAGGAACUUAAGCAUUGAGACUUCAAUAAUUCCAGAAGGAUCUGUAAAUGCUGUGCUUGAUGGUUGGAUGUAUUACAGAGGCAUGAGGUUACAUAAGCUCGUUUAUGAAGCAAUUUUAAAGUUAGUGUUAUUACCGUUGGCUUAUAAAUGCUGGUGUCAGUUGUUGACGAUUGCUGCCUUCCCCGAACAAACUUUGGAUCUCUCAGCGCCUCCCCACGCGGCCUGUUGCCUCGUGAGAUGUGGCGGCUGGGGGAGGGGGGGAUGUUCACAGAUGAAGAGUUCUUGAUUCUCCUGACUGUAAGGUCUAAAGGGUGACGUGGCUCUCAUGACACAGAUUGCCCUCUCGAGUGAUAUUCCCCCCCCCCACGCGACCUGUGACCUCGCCAGAUGCGGCGGGGGGGACCCCGGGAGUGUUAUCAUCGCUGGCGUCAGUACUGGCGAGUGAGUAUUGGUGUGUGAGUGCUGGCGUUUACUGCUCUACCCAAACAAAGAUCGGGGGGCGUUGUUUACGGAGCAGAGGUCCUGAUUCUGCUAAAUGAAUGGUUUAAAAGGGUGGCGUGGCCGCCUGGACUCCAGGAGAUCGCUCACUCGAGUGAUGCUGUGAGGACCAGCCCUCGAGUGAUGCUGUAAGGAGCAGCCUUCUGCUCGCACUGAUAAACACCACACAAUCCUGUCCAAGAAUUUGUGCUGAGACAAUUUACAUAGUACUGUUGUCUCUUGGAACACCAUACUGAUCUGCAUUGACCCGCACUUCUAAGUACAGCAUAAGUGAAGACAUACCCCUCGGUACUGAAAUAUUGUUGACUAAUUACGUUUACUCGUUUCUGCCUAACUUGGAGUAAUAAGACAAUGCAGAAUGAAGCAAAGCUAAGAUUAAUAGAGUUAUGAACUUUGUAUCAAUUACUGUAUAAUUAAGACAAACUGUGUGAGUCUAACUGUAUCAAAUACUGUAUACUGUAAUUAAGACAAAAUGUGUGAGACUAACUAUCAAUUACUGUAUACUGUAAUUAAGACAAACUGUGUGAGACUAACUAUCAAUUACUGUAUACUGUAAUUAAGACAAACUGUGUGAGACUAACUAAUUAUGUAU